AUGUCUACAAUUGCUAGCCCUCUGUCCAUUGCGGGCACUAGACAAUUUGGUGCUUCCGUGCGUACCCAGAAUGUUAUGGCUGCCAGCUCAAUUGCAAAUAUAGUCAAAAGCUCUUUGGGUCCAGUUGGUCUGGAUAAAAUGCUGGUAGACGAUAUUGGUGAUGUCACUGUCACAAACGAUGGAGCAACAAUACUUAAACUUUUGGAGGUUGAACAUCCUGCAGCCAAGGUGCUUGUUGAACUAGCGCAACUGCAAGAUGACGAAGUUGGUGAUGGUACUACCUCCGUGGUUAUAUUGGCUGCAGAGCUACUAAAGAAUGCCGAUGAGUUGGUAAAACAGAAAAUUCAUCCUACUUCAAUUAUUGCUGGAUUCCGUUUGGCAUGCAAAGAAGCCUGCAAAUACAUUUCAGAGCAUUUGACAGCACCUGUUGAUGAAUUGGGACGAGAUUCCCUUAUUAACAUCGCAAAGACAUCAAUGAGUUCAAAGAUUAUUGGUGCUGAUGCGGAUCUGUUCUCAACAAUGGUGGUGGAUGCAGCACAGGCCGUAAAGAUCACGGAUCCAAAAGGCAAUCCUUUGUAUUCCAUAAAAGCAGUGAAUGUGCUAAAAGCGCACGGCAAAUCAGCACGAGAAUCGGUUUUAAUACCUGGUUAUGCUCUCAACUGCACUAUUGCUUCGCAGCAAAUGCCGAAAAAAAUUAUCAACGCAAAAAUCGCGUGCCUCGACUUUUCAUUGCAAAAAACUAAAAUGAAAAUGGGAGUUCAAGUGCUUAUUAACGAUCCUGACAAAUUGGAAGGCAUUCGGGCCCGUGAAAUGGAUAUUACCAAGGAACGUAUUAAUAAGAUACUGUCGACUGGGGUGAAUGUUGUGCUCUGUUCUGGUGGUAUCGACGAUCUUUGCAUGAAGUAUUUCGUAGAAGCCGGCGCUAUGGCUGUGCGACGCGUUAAGAAGGGUGACUUGAAAAUUAUUGCAAAAGCUACUGGAGCCGCUUUUCUCACUUCACUCACGAAUAUGGAAGGGGAAGAAAGCUUCGAACCAUCGAUGGUGGGAGAAGCUGCUGAAGUUGCCCAAGAGCGUAUUUGCGACGAUGAACUAAUAAUAAUAAAGGGCACCAAAGCUAGAGCUGCUGCUUCCAUUAUUUUGCGUGGGCCAAAUGAUUUCUAUUGUGACGAAAUGGAACGUUCUAUACAUGACGCACUGUGCGUUGUUAAGCGUGUAUUGGAAAGUAAGAAGGUCGUAGCCGGAGGGGGUUGUGUUGAAGCUGCACUUUCUAUUUAUUUGGAAAAUUUCGCCACUUCUUUGAGCUCCCGCGAACAAUUGGCAAUUGCCGAAUUCGCCAAAUCUUUACUUGUCAUUCCGAAAACUUUGGCGGUCAACGCCGCUAAAGACGCUACCGAUUUGGUGGCGAAAUUGCGUGCCUACCACAAUUCUAGCCAGACAAAAACAGAACAUGUACAGCUUAAGUGGACUGGUCUAGAUUUGAUCGAAGGUGUUGUAAGAGAUAACAAGAAGGCUGGUGUGUUGGAACCUGCUAUGUCAAAAAUAAAAUCGCUUAAAUUUGCUACCGAAGCUGCUAUUACAAUCCUGCGUAUUGAUGAUAUGAUAAAAUUGAAUCCAGAGGAAAAGGGUGGCAAAAACUACGCUGACGCCUGCGCCGCCGGGGAAUUAGAUGGUUAAGGCCAUCGCAUUUGAUUAACUUGUAUUGAUUCUAUAUACUUAUUGCACACAUUUACAAUUAAAUUUACACUUUAACGAUAGGUUUAAGUCCUGGAUCGGCAGUUACUAAUGUCGCUAUGAAACCGCGUAUCACACAUUAACAACACUUACUCUGUUCAUUCUUAUUUACGAUAAUAUAUUUGAAUAAAUAUUGAACUUCAGAGACAUAAAUUA